AUGUCCAACUCGAAGCCCACGACCACCGCCAGCUCGCCCAACGGUCUCGCCUCUCUCUGGGAAGCCUACAUUUUCCAGCUCCGUAAACGCCCGAUCCUCACCAAGGCGCUGACGUCGGCGGUGCUGUCAGGGCUGGGCAAUGUGGCGGCGCAAGUGGCGGUGGAACGCAAGGGGCUGCGUGGCCUCGACGUCGGCCGGCUGUGGCGGUUCACAGCGCUGGGUCUCCUGCUGAGCCCCGUGAGCCACUACAAGUUCCUGUGGCUGGAGAACCUCUUCCGCUUUGCCCGUGGCAAGACGGCCGUCUACGGCAAGCUCGCCAUCGACCAGCUCGUGUUUGGACCCAUCUUCAACGUCCUCUUCUACGUCCUCAUGGCCAUCCUCGAGGGACAGCCUUCGGCCAUGGGCGGCCUCAUCAAGUCCAACUUCUGGCCCACGACGGUGAACAGCUGGAAGGUGUGGCCCAUCGCCAGCUUCAUCAGCUUCAACUACGUGCCCGCCGAGCUGCGAGUGUUGUUCGUCAACGUGGUGGCCUUCUUCUGGGUCAUCAUCCUGUCUGGCAUCGCCGCCCGCAAGUAA